AUGGCUGCUUCCCAGUCUCCAACCCUGGACGCUUCGGCGAAGCCGUACGUGAGGAAGGGGCGCGUCGCCCCGCCACCGCCCGAGCUGUACAUGGGGCCUCCCGCAGCGGCCCUGCCGCCGGCGGGCUUCUACUACCCGCAGCCGGUCCUCGUCGCGCCUCCAGCGCCAGGGUACCCACCAGUCGCCCCCCUGGGCUGCUGGGGGUUCCCGCAGCCGCAGGCUCCCUGCGUGGGGCUGCCGGGCGUGCUCCCAUCCCCUGGCUGGGCGUCGCUCGCGAUGGGUGUGCCCACGCCGCCGGCGGGGAUGCCGCAGGGUGCCCGGCAGCCCCAGCUGCCGGCCGCGACGGUGACCCCGCGGGGCGGCGGCCGUGGCCGACCGUCACACGGCGUGCGCGCUGGGCACGCUCCCCGAGCGAGGCCGCUGCAGCGGCUCGACGUGCCGCUGCCGCGGCUCGACGUGCCGCCUAGGAUGAUGCCCCGAGCGGCGGGUAGGGCGGCACCCCCGUCCUCCCGCGGCGCCGCCAAGGUCGAGCCGGCGAACGACCGCCCUUCUCCCCGCUCCGUGCUCGUCCAUACGAGCCCGCCCGACACGCCGCCGGCGCUCCCUAGUUCCUUCCCCUACCCUGAGCUGGGAUCCCCUGCGCCGCGGGCGUCCGAGGGAUCGCCUUCCGCCGUCCCGGUCCCCGCCGCCGGAAACAAGCAGCCCCCGCCUCGGAGGCGGCGGCUCGAACGCGCGCCGCGUUUCCGUCAGCCCGCCGGGGUCACUGUGCGCGGCGGCGACCCCAAGCCACGCCGCCUUUUCGACCCGUCUUCCAGGAGCACCACGUUAAUGAUUCGUAAUAUCCCUAAUGACUUUAGGCGGAAGAGGCUGAUGCAGAUCCUUGAUCAGCACUGCUCCAUCGAGAACGCCGAGAUCUCAUCUGGCGGCGUCAAGUCUGAAUACGACUUCCUCUAUCUUCCGAUAGACUUCAGCACCGGUGCAAACAAGGGCUAUGCCUUCGUUAACCUGACGACGCCGGAGGCAGCGCGGCGGCUCCAUGACUACCUGCACGGGCACCGCUGGAGGGUCAAUGGCUCCGGCAAGACCUGCGAGGUCGACCACGGAGACAUCGAGGGACGGGAGAAGCUGGUGAAGCACUUCUCGGAUUCGCGGUUCGACUGCGGCAACGAGGAAUUCCUCCCCGUCUGGUUCGAGCCGGCCCGCGACGGCACCCGGAGGACCUUGCCGCAUCUCGUCGGCCGCAUGCUGCGCCGCUCGUGAUGGAAGCUCCACCGCCGCCGUCUCCUCGCCGCCGCCGGCCGCCUUAUCUUGCAUUCUAUCGGUUCCUGGCUUGGUGGAGGAUCGGGAUAGAAUGGGAGAUAGGAUCCGCCCGGCUGAUCUGGUUACCUGGCUAGAGUACCUGUGUGUUCUCCUUCCAUUUGCUUGUGAGUUUAUGUGUGGAGACUGGCUUUACCUGUUGUGUAUUAUGUUUGGGCCGUGUCAGUUGUGUACUAGUCGUGUAGGAGUAUGUUCAGAGUGUUGUGAGCUUAGUUUGAACGGGUAAUAUUAGCGGCAUUCGGCACACGGAAUUGUUCAGUGAGUUAAACUUGCUAAUGUGCUUGCUCAUGGAAAUAAUUUGGAGGUCUUCUAUAUAUAUGUA